AUGGAAUCAAGUGCAGCUGGAAUUUCGCUCUCUCCUCAAAUUCCUUAUCCUUCAAACCUUUUGGAGGAAAUUCUCAUUGAGUUUUGCGAUGGAGAACUAGAAGAAUUAGAAAAUCUAGUAGAGAUGGCUAGACUUUAGGUCAUAUAUUUCUCAAGUUCCCAAAAAUCCACCUGCAGGAACCCCUUCUCAGUCUUCUUCUAAAAAACGAAACAAAAACAAGAAAAGACCAAUUCCAUUAAACCUCGCUGAGCUUUCAAACGCAAGGGUCAUCCAAAGUAAUUUAAUCUAUGUAACAAAUAUCCCAGCCCAAUUGGCCAGCGAAGACCUGCUGAAACGCUAUGAGUACUUCGGACAGUAUGGAAAUAUAAAGAAAUUCUCUGUAAAUAAGUCUAUUACACAUGGAGAAACUGACACUGAGCCCACUUACGUGGCCUACGUCACCUACUCCUCAGACGAAGAAGCUGCUUUAUGCCUAAAAGCAGUCAACAACUUCGAACUGGAAGGAAAUACUCUAAUCGCCACUUAUGGCACAACUAAAUAUUGUGCAUAUUUUCUUAAAGGAAAUCCUUGCCCUAAAAAAGAGUGCCUAUACCUACAUAAGCUAGGAAACCAAGGAGAUACCUUAGCUAGGGACAUAAUGCCUAACGUCAAGCAUAUUCAGCCUCAGGAUGCAGCUAUUGAUAGGCUGAAAGUGGUCAUUGUUCCUCCUGAUCAUAACACAAAAUUGCCUAUAGCGAGGGUUGUGAGGCAAAGAGCGACUAGUGCAGGAUCAACGUCACCAAAGAGGUUUAGAAACUCAGAUCGACCCAGAAGCCGAGUUUUUCAUUUGGUGGAAAGUGAAGACCAAGGGGUAGAGAUUCCAGAAAUUGUAAAUAAAUUAAGGAAAAUCGCUUCACCUUGUCAAGAUGUUGUGGAAGUGCCGAGUGGAGCGAUUGAAGAAAUUAUGAGCCCAGCUAGUCCUGAUAGAUGGGCUGCAGAUAUAUUAGAUAUUUCUCCUUAUCCUUAUCCUCUGACUCCUAAUCCACUUCGACUUGUAAUUGAAGAAGAUAAAGUUUUAGUAGCGCCAAAACCAUAUAGAGCGAAAUUCACUUACUCUCACCAUGAAUAUCGAAACUAUUGAAAAAAAAAUUACAUUCAAAAAUAGGAUAUUUUGAAGCUCAAAAAUGUUUGGUAUAAAUGUUUUAUAAAAUUUCAAUCAAAAAGAAUCAAUCCAAUAAGUUAA